AUGAUACGAGCAUCUUUGGCUAAGAAUCUGGUUUGGGUUUCAAAAUCUGGAUUCAAGUCUGGAUUUCAGUCUGGAUUUAGUGGAAAUCUUCAUUGGUCUUAUCGUCUGCAUUAUUCCUUCUCAUCUUAUUCAACUUUAAAUACCAAUUCUCAGAAAGAAAAAAUUAGUGGUGAUAGUGUGGGUAAUAAGAAGAAAAACAAUGAAAAAUCUAAAACCAAGAGUCACUGGAAGUUGUAUCUUUUUGCAUUUGCAAUUGGAAUUGCUACAGCAAAUUAUUUACCAAUUUUUACAAUUUAUGGAAAUAUAUCGAAUAAAUCAUUACCAGAUUUGAAUUCGGCUGAACAAGUUGCCAAAUAUAAUGAAAAUUUAAAAAAUGAGUUAAAAAAUUUAAAAAUUUAUCAAAAAUUGAUAGAAGAUAAAGAAAAUUAUUUAUUAAUUGAUGGUAAAAAUGAAAAUAAAAAUGAAAAUGACACUUUAUAUCAAAUUUUAAGUGAGAAAAGCAAAACAAUUGAACUAUUAUCAAUUCCUGGCGGGUUUUCAAUUGAACCAGUUUUUUUUAUCAAUAUUGGUGAUAAAGACUCAGACCCUAAAGACGAUAGUGAAAUUAUAUGUAUACUUCAUUGUGGGGUUAAAUUGUGUGGAUUUCCUGGAUUAGUUCAUGGUGGGAUAUUAGCUUCGAUAUUGGAUGAAUUAUCAAUCAAUUUUUUAAAUUAUCAUUUUUUAAAAGAAAGUAAUAUAAAAGAAAAAGUUUCGACUAAAAAAGAAAAUUUAAAACUUAGCUAUACAUUUCCAACUGUUGCGAAUAAUUUUAUUGUUAUUAAAAGCAAAAUAGAAAAAAUUUCUAAUAAGGAAAAUAGUAAAAAGGAUAAAUAUUGCGUUCAUUCUAAAAUCGAAAAUAGUAAAUCUAGAUUAUUAGUUGAUAGUUCGGUUAUUUAUGAUCUAUGA